UUGCCACCACCAAUAUGGCGUCUCGGGCCUGAUAUCUGUGAGGGGGGAGGGGUGUAAUUUUUAUAGUCGAUAGACCCCCUGCUUCUGUUAGGCCUGGCAUAUACCUGCACCUGCAUUCUCCCACCGGGGCCCCCGCCCUGCUGCAGCCUGGCGACUGAACACCCUCACACGUCGGAGCGGGGAGACCUGGCCCUCGUCACGUGACGGCGGUUGGUUGCUAGGCAGCGGAAGCUCCUGGUUACCUGUAAUGCUGCGCGCCGGGGGAAAGAUGGGGGUCAGCAGACAGGUUGCAUCUGAUCAUGAGAAUCGAACCACCAUCUUGUUUAAUGUAUCGAAAAAUGAGAGCGGGGGCUACAAGUCUCUACAGAAAAGACUCCGCGCCAACUGGAAAAUACAAAGUUUGAAAGAAGAUAUCACACCUGAGAAGUUGUCAGGGGUCAAGCUCUGGAUCACUGCUGGACCCAGGGAGAAAUUCACAGCAGCUGAGUUUGAAGCAUUGAAGCAGUUUCUGGAGAAAGGCGGUGACAUUCUCGUGAUGCUGGGAGAGGGAGGAGAGGACAAAUAUGAUACCAAUAUAAAUUUUUUCUUAGAGGAGUAUGGCAUAAUGGUGAAUACUGAUGCUGUUGUUAGAAACGUUUACUACAAAUACUUCCACCCCAAGGAGGCGCUCAUUUCCAAUGGAGUGCUAAACCGGGAGAUCAAUAGAGCGGCUGGAAAGAACAUCUCGACAGUAACGGAUGAUGAGGUUGAAGGCAACAAUUCACAGGGUUUGACCUUUGUGUACCCAUUUGGUGCCACGCUCAACGUUAUGAAGCCAGCAGUGGCUGUUCUGUCCACAGGAUCAGUGUGUUUCCCCCUGAACAGACCAGUCAUGGCAUUUUAUCAAUCCAAGUCACAUGGAGGCAAAUUGGCUGUGGUGGGAUCAGGUCACAUGUUCAACGAUCAGUACCUGGAUAAGGAAGAAAAUGCAAAGAUCUUGGAUGUGCUAAUGCAGUGGCUCACCACCAAUGACAUCCAGCUAAACCAAAUUGAUGCCGACGCUCCAGAGAUUUCUGAUUACACCAUGAUCCCUGACACCAACAAGUUAUCCCAGCAGCUGCGGGUCUGUCUGCAGGAAGGAGAUGAAAAUCCUCGAGAUUUCACCACUCUGUUUGACAUGAGCAUCUAUCAGCUGGAUACUUCUUCUCUCUCCAAAGUCAUCAAAGCCUAUAAGGAACUGAAUGUGAAGCAUGAGACUCUUCAGCUUAUCCAGCCACAGUUUGAGGCUCCGCUCCCUGCGCUUCAGCCUGCUGUAUUCCCUCCAUCGUUCCGUGAACCUUCUGCACCAGCCCUUGAGCUGUUUGAUUUAGAUGAGAAUUUCUCUUCUGAAAAAUCGCGGCUGGCCCAGAUAACAAAUCGAUGCACCGAAGAUGACCUGGAGUUUUAUGUACGGAAGUGUGGGGAUAUCCUGGGGGUAACUGGAAACCUACCAAAAGAAGAACAAGAUGCCAAGCACAUUCUUCAGCACAUUUUUUUCCAAGUCGUUGAAUUCAAGAAACUUAAUCAGGAGCACGACUUGGAUACUAGUGAAACGGGUUUCCAGAGCAGCUGAAACUCAACAAACAACCCUUACGCCAGCCGAAGACAACGACUCCAUUAUCAUAUUUAUUCACGUUUUUAUCAUUUUGUAUUCUGUCGUGUGUAAGAGCACUGUAAAUACGCAAUUUGUAUGAGGAGUAGCUAGAUUAAAUUGCUUUCUAUAUUCA